CAGCUGACCAGACAGAUCGUUUGUGGCAUAAUAUUGUUUACGACGUAUUUCCAACGUUUUUGCUUAUUUUGUGAUUUUAGUAUUAGUGUUGUGAAUUGAAGUUUGUAAAUAUGUAUUAUGAGUGAUAUUAAUAUGAAGUGUGUAUUUUGUGGUGAAAGUACUUUGCUGAAAACAAUUAAAUUUACAUUAGAAACAUUACAAAAAUGUUUAAAUGUUUUAGAAUAUCGCCGGAGCAAACCGGUUGUCCGAAAAUCUCGGACAACAUACGAUAAUCUAGAACUUUCGAUAGAAUCUUCAUUGAAUGAAGUGUAUUACGCACAGUGCUAUCAAUUAUUUACUGCAAUGAAAAUACCGCGAGACUUUCAGCAUUUGCAACCACAAUAA